CGCACUGAUUGGCACUGAAGUUGCAGCUGACCUUCCUCGGUUUCUACGCAUUCACUGCUGGACUUCAACCACAUCAUGCAGACGUGAUGUGACGGUUCAUGAGGCGGGCUUUGCAAGGUCGCGUGGCUCCCCACAAGCAAUAGGACCUAGACGUGACCAGUCUCAUUUAUAAGGAAGAUCAUCCAGAGACUUUUGAUAUCGGAAGGUGGCGAAAUGGCUAAGAAGGGAAGGACGGCAGGUGUUGCAAAGCGUGCCGAGCAGGUGCAGAUGGACAAGCUUGCUCCAGGAGAUGUUGUGCCUCUUUCCAGCAUCUCUGGCGGCAACAUUGCCGGCGGCCAGGAGGCUUUGGCCAGGGCUUUCAAAAGCAACCUGUGUAGGUUUUGGGCACAGCACAAGCACGGCUUUUGUAGUAUGUGGGAAGGUUUAAGCCGCAAGGAGAAGGGCACUUUCCUUCGAAAUUGCUAUGAGAACAUUCCAGAGAACAGCAAAGAUGUUGGAAGGCAUGGAAAGCCGCUGGUUGAUGAGCUGCUCCUCAGUCCCGAGAUGAACAUCCAGGAUCUUGUGUCGGAUGGCACAGGCUCUUUGACCUGCCUGUUUGAGAACUGGUGUAAUAGUGACUUGAAAGAUGACAUUUCGCAUGCCAGAGCAAUGGUCAAUAGCCUCAUGAACCGGGGCAAGCUGCCAAGGCAGAGGCCUAGGCAGUAUACCAUGCUGGUCGACCUGGAUGAUGAGAUCAAAGUGGGAGGUUUCAUUGAAUGCCAUCAGCAGAUGGCCCUUGAUAAGUUUCAGCAGUUUGAAGCCAUGGGGGUAGCGCUGCAAAGGGAUGUGUAUGACCUGGCGCAGACGCGCGUGAACAAGCUGCUCUCAUCAUUGGCGCUCUGGGCGGACCUGUAUCGCACCAAGAUACUUCGAUUGGACAACUUCUUCGUGUCCUCGCCCUGCGUUGGCUGUGCUAAUUGUAGGAGGCCGGACUCAAGAAACGGAAGCGAGCUACGAGGCUGCCCGGGCUGUGUCAACAGGACAGUGAGACUGUACUGCAGCAAGGAGUGCCAGCGGGCGCACUAUGCAACUCACGUGAGGGAGUGCAAGAGGAGAGUAGAGGCCGCAAAUAUCGGAAAAGCGGAUGCAUGCCAAGUCUGUGGUGAUCCGGAGUCAGAAGAAGGGGGGCCCUUGAGAAGGUGCGGCGGGUGCAAUAACGAGCAGGUCAAGUACUGUGGUACAGAAUGUCAGAAGGCUGCCUGGCAAGCCGGACACAAGAAGGAUUGUAAGCGCGGCUGAAGCAUGGAAGCAUGUGAAAAUAGUAAGAUACUUUCAUUCUAGCUCUGGGCAAAGUGACUGAGAAUCAUUGUCGGACUAGGGGAUCAUAACGUCUGAUGAGGGAAUGAUUGACAGUUCAUCCAAAGUUAAGACGGUCUUUGUGUGUAUCACCGCUUAUUAACAAUUACAGGUGAAGAGCUUGCAUAGAGUUUGAGAUCGACAUUACUAAGUUCAUGCAGGGUAUGAUAUCAAUCGCGAGCAGAUAUUGAUAGCAAGGCCGCCGUUUUCUAGACGGUAUAGGGUCUUGGACCAAGAACCAUGCUGUCGCUUGAGCACAUCUUCUAGAGCCCAGCGGUUGCGCAUCAAUAUCCA